AUGAAUCCACAACCAACAAGCAUUGGAUCGGACAACCAAAAACAGGAGUCUGGAAGUAUUGGAGCGCCAAGUAUAAAUCAAGAGGAAGAGGAAUUUUAUCCACUUGCUGUUUUAAUAGAGGAAUUGCGUAAUGAGGAUGUCCGUUUUCGUCUAAAUAGUGUUCAAAGACUUUCAACAAUCGCCUUAGCCCUUGGACCAGAGAAGACACGAGGACAACUUAUUCCUUUUCUUACUGAUGCCAUUUACGAUGUUGAAGAUGUUAUGGUUGCAAUUGCCGAAGAACUAGGCCGCUUUGUCCCCUAUGUCGGUGGUUGUGCAUAUGCCCCCUGUUUAAUUAAUCCAUUAGAAAGUCUCGUUCUGGUUGAAGAUGCAAAUGUUCGUGAAAAGGCCGUUCAGUCCAUGAGGUUACUAGCUCGAGAACACAGUGAUAGGGACUUGCGUGAGCACAUUUACCCUCUUGUUCGUCGUUUGGCAACUGGAGAUUGGUUCAGCAGUCGGGCUUCUGCAUGUGGCCUCUUCGCUGUUGUCUAUGGACGUGUUGACAAAGCUGCUCGGUUGGACAUCCUUUCUCUUGCGCAGAAUUUCACGACUGACGAUACACCCAUGGUUCGACGUGCUCUUGCCGCAGUAUUAGGCGAAUUAGCCUUAGCAAUGGUUGGCGUUCCACCAGUCUCUGACGCAGCCGCAGCACCAUCCUUGGUAGGCACCGCUGGCCCUAGCAAUGCCGAGACAGAAGCAGCUGCUGCGGCCGAAGAUUUUCCCUUGGAUCGUCUUUCCUCAACUGUGAAUGGCCAACAAAAUCAGUCAGAAAUCGAUUCUGCCUCGAUCCCAACCCCUACUGGUCAAAAUUCCACCGACGCCGACCUCUUUAUCCCCAUCGAAGAGACCCCAGAAGUCAUAGAAGCUCGUGCACAAAUUGUUUCCUCUCUCGUUCCCACUUUCAAUGAUCUCGCCUACAAGGAUGACCAAGAGUCGGUGCGGUUGAUUGCUUUGGAGAGUGUUGUUCCGCUAGUGAGGGCACUUGGACCCCAGUUGGCAGAGCAGCAUAUUGUACAGGGUCUGCAGAAGAUUCUUGAGUUGAAGUCGUGGCGUUCGAGAUGCCUCUUGGCUAAGAAAUUGACCUCACUGCAGGAAUGUCUUGGACCGCGUGUCACUAAAAAUUGUCUUGUCAGUCUCUUUUUUACAUUGCUUGCGGAUGAUAUUGCUGAGGUUCGUUGCGCUACUGCAGCCCAAAUCACCACAUUCACCAGAGCUCUUCUCAACGGUCAGACUAUCUCAAAUUCCAACUCAAUGAGCGGAGAGAAGCUGGACGGUGUCUCAACUUCUCUCGACGCUCCUGUGAACAAUAGUUCUGCCAUGGAAGGUAUUAUUGAAGGUGGAGUUGAGCCAAUGGAAGAAGUUGUGACACCAAAAGCUUUUGGCUUCGGCGACAGCGAAAUAGAAACAUACAUUUUUCAACGUCUCAUGCCCGCUUUGGCUGAAUUGAAUUCCGACUCCAACGUCCACGUAAAAGUAAAGUUGGGUCAGGCCGUACUUGGCCUUGCUCCUCUUCUGGGUCGUGACCUAACAGUAUCCCAUCUCCUGCCAAUCAUCCUCAACCAACUCAAAGACGAUUCUCCGGAUGUUCGUUUAGGUGUCAUUGGAAACCUUGAAUUAAUCAAUAAUGUGGUGGGUGUAGAGGAAGUUGCGUCGUCCCUUCUUCCAGCCAUUGUGGAACUUGCCAAAGUCCCCGUCUGGCGUGUACGCCUUGCAGUUAUUAACCAGACGCCCCUUCUUGCCGAUCAAUUGGGACAAGCCUUCUUUGAGGCUCGUUUGAUGGAACAUUUUCUAACCUGGUUAGCCGACGCCGCAUAUGCUGUUCGAGAAGCCGCAGUGGCUAAUCUCACACGUCUAACUUCCAAAUUUGGAUCCGAGUGGGCUAGGAAUCAUUUUCUGGAUCAGAUUACCGAAUUGUGUAGGAAUGAGAACUAUCUUCAAAGAAUGAUAUCACUACAGUGUAUCAUCUCUAUAACCCCACUUAUCGAUGCUCCCACAUGUAAGAAGGUCCUGCUUCCUACAACACUUGAAUUGGAACAUGAUCGUGUACCUAAUGUUCGCUUUAAGGUGGCUCAGGCCUUGUCGAAGCUUGGAGCAGCUACUGGUGUUGACGAAGUGAUGCCUUGCUUACUACGUCUCCUUAAAGACACAGACAGUGACGUGCGGUUCUAUGCGGCCGAAUCUAUCGAAUCCCUCACGCAAGUGAAGACAAAAAGCGACUCCGAAAGCAGUAUGAAUGUGACAACAGAACCGGCUGUUGUAUCCACGGCUUAG